AUGGCGUUGGUCUGGGAGAAAUCUUGUGGCGAGGAGCUCGUUGACAGUGGACGAUGUCCGGAGAGUGGUAAGAUGAGUAAAAUCAGGGAAGAGCUGGAGCAUGCUAACUCUGACUUGGCCGAAUACCGUCGAAGUUGCAUUGGGGAUGCUCUCAAAGAUGUAGUACGACAGGUAUGCUCAACAGAGAAUGCUGUUCAAAAACCGGUCUCCAACUUUGGCAAUUCUGCUGUUGGCGUUAUUUGCCACACAGAAGCAGUGGGGCUUGCAAACAUUCACUCUCCCCACCUUGCAAGGGCUAUUGGUAAAUCUACCGCGAACAAUGAUGUAAGAAACUUACAGCUUCAACUUCGAAACAAACUGUCACGUCCUCUAUUUACCGGAAAGAAACUAGAAGGAGAGGGCGGUGCUCGCAUUUCCGUUGGCUUGAUCGAUGCGGAUACAGGGGAUGUCAUUACAUCAGGGCCAGAAGCCUCCAUCAAGUUGGACGUCGUUGUGCUUGAAGGUGACUUCAACAGAGACGAUGAGGAAAAUUGGGCUCCAGAAGAGUUUGAUAGCUACGUGGUUAAAGAACGAGAAGGAAAGAGGCCGCUUUUGACAGGAAAUCUCCAAGUAAAGCUCAAGGCAGGUGUUGGGGAGCUGGGAGAUAUGAUAUUUACGGACAAUUCCAGCUGGAAUAGGAGCAAAAGUUUUAGGAUAGGGCUUAAAGUGGCAUCGAGUUAUGGUGGGAAUACACAAAUCCGAGAAGCCAAAACAGAUGCCUUCUCCGUCAAGGAGCAUAGGGGACAAGGUAUGAUUUUUACAGUAUUGAAUAAAAUAGUUUGGACUUGCAAGAUAUAA